AUGCCAUUGCCAUUGCCUCUGUCUGCCUUGACCGCCUGUACAUACUUCUUACGCAGCGCUCGCCCCCUCUUUCGCUCUCACGCUCUCCUGUCUUUCUGCCUUCGGUUCCAUCAAACCCCAGCCCCGUCCCAUCUCCAACAGGUCCUGACCAGUCUGUUCCCCCGUCCAGCAGCAGGACAGCAGUCGCCCACACACCUUGACCCAGCACAGCGCGCCGACGAACCCUCGCAGUGCCGGAUCCUCCUUUCCUGCGCUGCAAUGACAACAGCAAUCCCGGCGAGCUCUGAUCCCCCAGCGCAUGCCCCCCCUCACCCACCUCAAUCUCAAUCUCACUCUCAACCGACCGUCGCAGCGCGCUCCCUCUCUACCCGGACCCGGCCUCCUGUCUCCGCCUCUGGCCCUCCUCCACAACGUGCCUCCUCCACCUCCAAUCACCAUCACCACCGCAGCCGAAGUCAACAACUCCAAUAUCGCUCCCACUCCCGACAACCCUCCUCUACACCUCCUACUACAGCCGCCACCGCCUCUGCUCUCCCCGUCCAGGAACUGUUUCCGCAACAUGAUUAUGAAAUUGCGGACGUAGUCUCUUACUCCAAGCGCUCCGCCCCCAGAGACCAACCGCCCUCGUCAUCCCGUGCCAACACCUCGCGUCCUCAGCGUCACGGCAGUACCAGAUCGAAUCAUCAUUCUCAUCAUCGCGCCCCCGACAUGCCCGUCAGCACUGCUGUCGCCAACAACGUCGGGCCUGCCCCUGUCAGCCAUGGCGCGCCCGACCCUAGAAGCCCCGGCGCGACUUCCGCAUCGAAGCAUACCAGCAAAUCCCGUACCACUAUCCCUACCCCAUCCGGCAAAUGGAUACUGGGCAAGACUAUCGGCGCCGGUAGCAUGGGCAAAGUGAAGCUGGCUCGCAAGGAGGACACGGGCGAGCAGGUUGCCUGCAAAAUUAUCCCUCGUGGGUCUACUGAGGAUGGGCAUCAAACCAAGGCUGACAAGGAGAGAGCCGAUCAGUCUAAGGAGAUCAGGACCGCCCGGGAAGCUGCCAUCGUCACUCUUCUUAGCCAUCCCAACAUCUGCGGCAUGCGAGACGUCGUGCGCACCAACUACCACUGGUACAUGCUCUGCGAGUACGUCAAUGGUGGACAGAUGCUUGACUACAUUAUUUCCCACGGCAAAUUGAAGGAGAAACAAGCCCGUAAAUUCAGCCGGCAGAUUGCUAGCGCCCUCGACUACUGUCAUCGGAACAGCAUUGUUCACCGAGACCUCAAGAUCGAGAAUAUCCUUAUCAGCAAGAACGGGGAUAUCAAAAUUAUCGACUUUGGUUUGAGCAACCUCUUCGCUCCUCGCGGCCACCUAAAAACUUUCUGUGGUAGUCUAUACUUCGCUGCCCCUGAGCUGCUCCAGGCCAGGGCCUACACGGGCCCCGAGGUCGAUGUGUGGAGUUUUGGUAUCGUUCUCUACGUUCUAGUCUGCGGGAAAGUCCCGUUCGACGACCAGAGCAUGCCCGCCCUGCACGCCAAGAUCAAGAAGGGUUUGGUCGAUUACCCUAGUUGGCUUUCUAGUGAAUGCAAGCACCUGCUCUCUCGUAUGCUCGUCACCGAUCCCAAACAGCGUGCCACAAUGCAGGAAGUCAUGAGCCACCCAUGGAUGGUCAAAGGAUACAGUGGUCCGCCUGACAAUGGAUUGCCGCCGCGAGAGCCACUUGCUCUCCCACUCGACUCUGACGUCGUCAACGCAAUGACCGGCUUCAACUUUGGGUCUCCAGAUGCCAUCAGGGCCCAAUUGACGCGCACGAUCGAAUCCGAAGAAUACCAGCGUGCAGUAAAGCUGUACCAGCGCGAAAAGGAGAUGCCUCAACCAACCAGAGACGUCGAAAAGAAGCGUGGUUUCGGCUUUGAUUUCUAUAAAAGAAGGAAUUCGGGCAACAGCCGUGAUACGCUUACGGCACCGAGUUCCGAGGCUCUGCAGCUUGGCAAUGACCCCCUCAACGCGUUUAGCCCUUUGGUUUCAAUUUACUACUUGGUGCGAGAGAAACAAGACCGCGACCAUACUGAGAAGAACCCCGGGGUUCUGAAUGCUCCCAAGGAAAAACCUGCGAUCCCCGAAAUCACACCACCGCAGGAAGCUCAUACAAACUCAUCGGCCUAUGAAAUGCCUGGUGAAAGGGCCACUGGGGGGCGCUCUCGUCCUCGCGCCAGAACCCACGGGGAAGAUGAGGCCCCAGAUGCCAUCAAAAACUCACAGUUGUCGCCAACAAUGCCACUUUCGCCAGAAAUACCUCCCGAACCACUUCCCAAAAAAGAGAGCACAGCAGCUGGCAUCCUACGGCGAUUCAGCACCCGCAGGCGGAGAGAUCCGGAGAGAUCGGACAGAGACCGAGCCCACCCCCCGGUGGUUCAAGUCCACUCUCCGUCGGAGGCACCUCCCGCUCCAGUGCCCCGCAAGAGCUUCAGCAUUCGGCGUGGCAGACGGGAACGUGAGGAACCCGACCCUCUCCCUCUGCGGUCCGGUAGUAGCCAGCCCCAGCACAGCGAUCUCCUUAGCCCUCCCCUAUCCGCCGGGGUUCAGUCGUCACGUCGCAAAGGUCUGGGCCGAUCCACCAGCGUCAAUUCUGCAGACUUGCGCCGCCGUGGAUCAACCCGGGCCCUUAGAGAGCCGCCACCAACAAGUGGAUCAGAUCAGUCAACAACUACGGACAGACCGCAGCCUGCCCCCAGAGAAACCCAGCAAACACGCGCAGCGUCCAUGCGCGCUAAGUCCCUUGGCCACGCCAGGCGCGAGAGCAUUCAACAGCGAAGACUUCGUCGGGAGGAAGCAAAAGAGGCAAAUGUCCCGGAAGAGACAGACCAGGAGCAGGAACAAGGCGACCAAAGUGGUGUUUCCACUGACAGGCUCGACAGCUCCGACUUGGCUAAGCCCGUCUUUCUCAAGGGCCUAUUCAGUGUCUCAACAACUUCGACCAAGAACGUGACAGAAAUCCGGGCGGAUAUCAAACGGGUGCUCAAGGGUCUUGGAGUUGACUACACAGAGAUCAGGGGUGGCUUUCUGUGCAAACACACGCCCAGUAUCGAUCUCAAAAAAGUGCAGGACCCCCCCGGUAGUCCUGGGCAACCCCCUCCAGGUCAUAGGAGACGCUUCAGCUUCGGAGCCAUUCGAAGCGGCGACCGAGAGAGGGAAGAUCUUCGCGAAACGGAGCGAGGACCUACCACGCCUCGCGGCACUACUAGGAACGGAGCAGAACAGAGUUACUCCAACUCGGACGUGUCAGUCGACAGUGUCUCCCGGGAGGCAGGAGGAUCAUCCCGAAGGGUCCCUGGUGAGACAAGCACGCACGUUCAAAGCGACCUUGGUGGAAGCAUGGUCUUGGAGUUCGAAAUUUUCAUCGUCAAGGUCCCACUGCUCUCUCUUCACGGAAUUCAAUUUAAGCGGCUGGUGGGAAACACGUGGCAGUACAAGAACAUGGCUGAUCAGGUUUUGAGGGAGCUUCGUCUAUAG